CGGCACCCAUAACCAACGGUGUAUUCUUCGAGGGCCAAUUCUUUCGCACAAGGACUGCGACGCUUGAAUCCUCUCUUCAAGUUUGGGUUCUAACUGAGUUUCAAAAUUCCACCUUAGUAAGCUCGCAGAUUCCCGUGAAUAUGUCGAAGCAUCGCCUCGAAGACGCCGAGGAAGUGGAGGCCGCGACUCUCCCGCGCAAGAAGUCCAAGAAGGAGAAGAAAGACAAGAAGGACAGGAAGGAUCGCAAAGAAAAGUUGCGAGACCUCGAAUCAGCUACGUCGACUCCUCUAGAUUCGGCUCUCGAGACGCCUGUAUCGGAAGUCGAUGGCGAAGUAAAGACGAAGAAAAAGGACAAGAAGGACAAGAAGGAAAAGAAAGACAAGAAGAAGGCUAAGAAGAAUGAGGCUGAAACCAACGGCGAACAAACUUCGACAGAUGAGGUAAAUGGUGAGAAAAUAGCUAAGCAAGACACCGCCGAGGUGAUCAGCGAGGCGCCAUCUCGCGACGAAGUAGACACGGACCGUAAAUCGAAGAAGGGAAAGAAAGACAAGAAAGACAAGAAGAAGCGCAAGGCAGAAGACGCAUAUACCAAUGGCGCCUCCAAUGGCAAUGGCAAUACCAGCGGCGAAGCAUCAAAAGCUACGAACGGCACUGCCAACGGUUCAACUCCUUCCAACACGCCGCAAACAUACGAACAGACUUCCGCCCUCUCUGCUUUGCCCGAAGCUGAUAUCGCAUCCUUUCUGAGCAAACAUCAGAUCACUGUUAACGAUCCUCUUUCCCCUCGCCCUCUCCGGCCCAUAAUAGAGUUCUCUCACUUGCCGUCUUCAUCACUCGUCGCCAAGAACCCCUUUGCUUCCUUCAAGGCCCCGACGCCUAUCCAAGCCGCGUCAUGGCCCUUCGGGUUGUCAGGCCGCGACAUCGUCGGCGUAGCGGAGACUGGUUCUGGAAAAACCAUCGCCUUUGGUUUACCUCUGAUAUCUGCCGUCCUUGGGAUGCCUAAGUCAAAAGGUGCCGGUAGGAUACGUGCGGUUGUCGUGUCGCCUACGCGAGAGCUCGCUAUGCAGACCAACGAGCAACUGGCCAAGCUCGGCGAACUCGUUGGUCUGAAAACUGUAUGCGUAUACGGUGGCGCACCCAAAGACGAACAGAGAGUCCUACUAAGAAAGGCAGAUGUCAUCGUUGCGACCCCUGGCCGACUCAAGGACUUUUUGGAAGAAGGAUCCAUCAAGCUUGAAGGGGCCAAGUUUGUGGUAUUAGAUGAGGCCGACCGUAUGCUGGACAAGGGGUUCGAGGAUGAUAUCAAACGAAUCAUUGGAUGCACACCCAGGAAAGAUGAGCGUCAAACCCUCAUGUUCACGGCGACCUGGCCGCAGAGCGUACAGGCGCUUGCCUCUACCUUCAUGGUGUCACCAGUUAAGAUCCAGAUAGGCGGAAAUGAGAGCGGUGACCUACAAGCGAACGCGAGGAUCGAGCAACGCGUCGAAGUUGUGGAUCCUCGCGGUAAGGAAGCCCGGCUGCUGCAGCUACUCAAGGCUCAACCCAGGAACGAGCGAGUCUUGGUCUUUUGCCUGUACAAGAAAGAGGCUACUCGGGUCGAGGGUUUCUUACAGCAGCGUGGCAUCAAGGUUGUAGGUAUCCACGGUGAUCUUAGACAGGAGCAGAGGACUCGUAGUCUCGAGGCAUUUAAGACAGGACAGACGCCUGUUCUAGUUGCCACGGAUGUUGCAGCGCGAGGUUUGGACAUUCCCGAGGUCAAGCUGGUGGUCAAUGUCACGUUUCCUCUCACCAUCGAAGAUUACGUUCAUCGUAUUGGCCGUACGGGGCGAGCAGGCAAAACUGGGCACGCCAUCACGCUCUUUACUGAACACGACAAGUCACACUCCGGAGAGCUCAUCAAUAUCCUUAAGCAAGCCGGACAACCGGUUCCUGAGGACCUUCUCAAAUUUGGAACCACGGUCAAGAAGAAGGCUCACGGUACUUACGGGGCGUUCUUCAAGGACGUCGAUAUGAACCAGAAGGGCACGAAGAUCACGUUCGAUGAUUAAUGAUGCUAAAGCGUAGCGGACUACUUUCUAUAGAACAAGCAGACUAUGUUUAGUCUGGCAUUACCCUGCCGCUUGGCUACGGCCGCGGAGGGUGU